GAAAUGGCGUGUAAAAACCAGAAAAACAAUGUUGUGAACAGUAAACAUGUUAAACAAAAAGGGGGAAACUACAAACCGAAAAAUCGACUUACUAAAGUGAACUUAAUAUUUGACGAAAAAGCCCGAAAGGAAUAUCUUACAGGAUUUAGAAAAAGGAAAGCUGAAAGACGGAAAAAAUUUAAUGAAAACCUUAAAAAGGAAAUUAAGUCAGAAAGGAAACGACUUCAAACUGAACUACGUGAAGAUAUUAAAAAAUCUGCCUCCAACAGGCGAAUCCCUGAGAUUGAACACCUAAUUGAAGAUGUAGCUCAUGUUUAUGAGCUCCCAGAGCAUACUAUAAAAAUAGAACCCAUAUUGGAUUCACAAAUCCGAAAUGAGAAUAUUUUUCUAGGAAAAAAUGAGGCCUCACUAGAAGCAUCUGAUCCAGAAAUUCGUCAGACUCUGCUUGACAAAAAGAAGAAAACCAAGGAUUUGAAUAGACAAAUGAAUAAGAAGCUUCUGAAGACUAAAGCCUUCAAGCGACAGACUCAAAUGGUUAGGGAUAAAUCUAGAAAGAGGGGCAAACAUUUAAAAAACAAAAAAUAAACUAAAGCCUUCAAAUGA